GUCUUCAGACACACCAGAAGAGGGCAUCGGAUCUCUUUACAGAUGGUUGUGAGCCACCAUGUGCUUGCUGGGAAUUGAAUUCAGGACCUCUGGAAGAGUAGUUGAGUGCUCUUAACCACUGAGCCAUCUCUCCAGCCCGAGGUCGCUGAGUGGUUGAAAAAGAUAUUUGGAGACCAUCCCAUUCCACAAUAUGAGAUGAACGCACGGACGACAGAAAUUUUAUAUCACCUUUCAGAACGCAACAGGGUCCGGGACAGGGACGUCAACCUGGUAAUAGAGGACUUAAGACAGAAAGCGAGUGAAUAUGAGUCGGAAGCCAAACGUCUUGAAGACUUUCUCAUGGAGAGUGUGAAUUUUUCCCCUGCCAAUCUGUCAAACACUGGUUCCCGGUUUCUGAAUGCAUUGGUGGACAGUGCAAUUGCCCUGGAAAUAAAAGAUACGUCACUAGCAAGUUUUAUCCCCGCAGUGAACGAUUUGACUUCUGACCUUUUUCGUACCAAAUCCAAAAGUGAAGAAAUCAAGCUUGAACUGGGGAAACUUGAAAAGAAUCUGACGGCAACGUUGGUGUUAGAAAAAUGUCUCCGAGAAGACCUCAAGAAAGCAGAUGUGCACCUGUCUGCAGAAAGGGCCAAAGCCGAGGGCCGCCUCCAGAACAUGGACUUCCUGAAAGCCAAGGCGGCGGAGUUCCGGUUUGGGAUCCGAGCUGCAGAGGAGCAACUUUCAUCCAGAGGCAUGGACGCGUCCCUGUCUCAUCGGUCACUAGUGGCACUUUCAGACAAACUUUCGGAAUUAAAACAGCAGACUAUCCCUCUGAAGAAGAAAUUGGAGUCCUAUUUAGAUCUAAUGCCGAAUCCAUCUCUUGCUCAGGUGAAAAUUGAAGAGGCAAAGAGAGAAUUAGAUGCCAUCGAGGCUGAACUCACAAAGAAAGUAGAUAUGAUGGAGCUGUGAGGACGCCAAGUAGAUGCCUCUCCUGAGAAGGAGAUGACAGUUCUUAGAGACAAUAAUGUCUUUAUUGGUAAAAUAACAGGGCUUGGUUCUGCAUUUACAUUUUGUGGCCUGAAUACAGUUUUCCUAUGAAAAGGCACUUUCUUUCUGUUACCUGCUACUUCCUGCACACCUCGCAGUUAAGAAUCUUCCCGAAAGCGGGUAGGGGCUGGGGCAACGGCUCUGCAUUUUAGAGCACUUUUUGCUCUUGCUGAAGACCUGGGUUCUAUUCUCAGCGCCCAUAUGGUGAGGCUUGAAAACACCUAUGACUAGUGCCACACACACACCCUCCUCUAGCAUCUGCAAGCGCCAGGCACACAUGUGGCACACAGACGUACGUACAGGCAGAAUACUCACAUGCAUAAACACUUUUUAAUUGAGAAAAAGGAAUCCGUCAGCAGCUCCGUUAGGUGGCCGACGUGACAGUACUGCAGACGCACAAUCUAGGCCAGUAGACAGUUUGUGUGGCUCCAGUUUGUCUACCUCCUUCUCUUGGGCUCACGGGCCUGUCUCCCAACGUUAAUACGUUAUCUCGUGAAAAAAGCAGCCUUUAAGCCAGUGGCAGCAAGAGAAAUAAUAAAGCAAGCAUAUGGUGCUAAAUUUAUAUUUCAUGCCUUCUAUUAGGAUAACCCAAAGAAAUCAAAGAAGACCAAUAUAAAAAUUUAAAUAAAGAUACUGAACUGGGA